AUGGAGAAAACCGUAGCACUAGCUCUGCUGCUACUCUUCACUCUCCUGACCACGACCCAUCGGUUCGCGGAUGGCCAGGCCUACUGCCGGUCGCAGAUCAGCCUCGCAAACGAGGCCUGCAACCUGAGGACCUUCCCGGGGUCGAGGCCCCCCUACGUGCCCCGGCAGCUACUCAACGAAACAUCCACGUCGACGACACCCGGCAGCAAGGACUACGAGCUUCGGUCCCGGGACGACGACGACGACGACGAUGACAACGAUGAAGGGGGAGAACAUGAGGGGCGGCACCGGCGUCGACAGCGGCACCGCCACAGCGCCGACAACAGCGACCCGCGUGACACAGCCUGCUGCCGCCGGCUGAUGUCCAUCGACAACUCGUGCAUCUGCCAGGCGUCGGCGCGCCUCCCGGUGUUCAUGACCUCGGUGUGGCACGUCAUCAAGCUCACGCCGGUGGAGGGCUGCGAGGUCACCUACGAGUGCCCUGGCGCCUUGUCACCGCUGGGCUGA